AUGCUCGGCCUAUCCGGUGUUCAGCAGCCGCCGCACCCGCAGCAGGCUUCUCGUGCAAAGGCGCGGAGGUGCCUUUACUGCCAGCAGCAGGGAUGCCAGGGGCUAAGGAGCUGUUGGUGGCCGCGCCUUCAGUCUUCCGCGUCGCGGUUCCACCGCGAAGCGGCGGCUGGUCUCCCACGGCAUCUCUGGGAUGGUGAGGUCAACAGCGAGCAGGAGCCCGUAAGCGCCAUUGAAGAAAACCUGCGGACACAAAUACGUGUCUUGGAGCGUGAAGUGGAGCUGCUCCGCACUGGCCUCCAACAGCUUUCGUCUAUCAAUCGUCGCGGCAGGACUGACGUCGCCACAAUGACCUCCUCCGAGCUUACUCUCCCCCAGGCGCCCUCCUCCUCUCUCUCCUGCGGUCACAAUGUCGCGGGUAGUGGCAGCGAUGUUCCCUUGCCGAAACGCGCUGUCGCUCCUCCCUGGUCUGGUGGCGGCUUGCAACCGCCGCCGCUGCAGGAGCAGCUGCAGCUGCAGCAUAAAGCCGUACACGAGGCGUUUCAUGUCAACUCUUCCCACUCGCAAGGAAUAUCGGAAGCGGCGGGGGCGCCUGUGGCAAGCGUGUCUGCCCCACCGCCGCUCCAAGGAAGCGCAGUGGCAAACGACGUGGAGGAACUGAAACCGCUUGUGUGGGAGUUGACUGCCCAGAACGCCUCACUCCGCAGACAACUUGCGGAGAUGAAGGUUGUUGUGGAGCAGCGUGACGCACUUCUGCGGUCCAUUCUGGUGGAGGGACCUGCGUCCUACGCCGCGCCCGCCUCGUCGCCGGCGCAAGCUUCUGCCGUUUCUCCACGGUUCAGACAGGUGAAGGAAUUGUUGUCGCAGCUGCUACAGGCGCAAGAGGAGUUGGCCCGUCUUCGGGAAGAGGCGCGGCAAUGGAAGGCCAUACCAGAGCGUUUUGAGGAGAAUCCGCAAGGCGACAAAGCUUUGGUAGAGGGGCUUCGACGACAGCCUCGGCAAUUUGCGCCCCCGUCGCAGGAGCAUAGUGCCGCUGCUUCUACCGCCAAUACCAAUGCGGCAUCCACGCCGUCCAUGCAGGCGACCCACGCAAGUGAUCCUGUGCACCCCACUAUAGCGGCAGUCGGGGCGGAAGCCAAGAACACAGGGCCCACCGUCCGUGUCGAGGAUGCUUUUGCCUCGGCGCCAAAAGAAAGGACGGCAACAGAAGCGACGCCCCUGACAGCGGAGCUGCGUGAGCUUCAAGAGCGCUUGGCAGCGGCGGAGCGGAAGGUGCUCGCGUGGGAAACGUGGUAUAGGCAGCAUAUGCAGCGGCCAUCGUGUAAGGAUAGGGAGUCACAGACAAAGGCAGGGGACGCAGCUGCGGAUGCACGCGAGGGAGGCACGGCGCCAAUGAACCCGAAACCGCCACAGCAGCCAUUCAAAGUGUUGCUUCGUGCUUUGCCUGUCGCUGACCCAACACGCUACGUAAACCUGGAUAGUCUUCCCUCGUGGCAGCAACAAACGGUGUCAGACGCAUUGGCAAUCGACACUUAUGCCCUCAUGGCACGGGAGGCCGCCCUGCGUCAGGUGGCGGAACAGGAACGGGCCGAACUCCUGGCCGCACUCAGCAUGGAGAGUGUAACCGACAUGGACCAGGAUGAGUGA